AAAUGGUGCCGCAGGGAUGGCUGCAAUGACAAUAUAUUAUGUAGACAAUAGCCGACCUACGCAACAAAAAAUGGCGGCGCUUUGCUCCUCUUUGCAAGCCUCCUGAUCUGUUUUAGUGUACCUCUGAGAUAGAUACUGUAGCAGCUUCGACCUGCAACAACACCAAAUAACAGCUUUGAAUUCUGCAAACGUAGUACCAUGAAGCAAUCUCUGUUUUGUGACCAAUCCAGUCGAAUGCUGUUGUGGUGGCUGCUGCUUACCUCAUCAUCGAGCAAUGCACUCCAACCAACGGGAAUCAAUGUCCAACCAAUACCGCAGCAGCAGCAGCAGGAAUAUUCACGUCGCAGCUUUGCCAUGGCUACGGCAUCCAUGGUGACACUAUCAUUAUUUCCAAGUGCCAAUGCCCAAGCCAUGGUGAUCAACCCCAAGACGGGCAUUGCAUUGCCCGAAAAAGAGGAAAUAGAACAGUCGAUUCCGGUGGACUGGACAGAUGUGGAAAAUCCAUUCCAGAGUAGCUCCAACAGACAAUUCGGUCGACUAGAUGGAUCACCAGACUCCAUGUUUUACCAGGCUCCUCGAUUUGUCGAGCAUGUCGAUGAACCAGCCGUCAAGACAAUGACAUCCUAUAUUAGCCAACAAGCCAUUCCCGCUGCUGCAGCAAAAGUUGGUGAUGAUGAUGUACGAGUCUUGGACUUGUGUUCCAGUUGGACCUCUCACAUUGAUUUAGACGCAGUAGGAGGAAGGAAACCCAAACGGAUAUCAGGGUUAGGUAUGAAUGACAAAGAACUUGCCGGCAACCCUGUACUAGAUGAUUGGGUGGUCAAAGACCUGAAUGAAGAUCCCAAGCUCCCUUACGAGGACAACAGUUUCGAUGUCGUCUUGUGCCAGUUGAGCAUUGACUAUCUGACCAAACCACUGCAAGUGCUCCAAGAGGCAAGCCGCGUGAUGCGCCCCGGUGGUACGAUCCAUAUCCUUUUCUCCAAUCGAUUGUUCCUCAGCAAGGCCAUUGCUCUGUGGACUGGCGCCGACGACAUUGACCAUGCCUACACAGUGGGAUGCUAUCUUCACUUUUGCGGUGGGGGCUUUCAGAAUAUUCAAGCAAAAGAUCUGUCAAUACGAAAGGGGAAGGAUCGACUGAUUGCUUCAGAUCCUCUUUACGUUGUGACCGCUACCAAGGGAUGAACAAAUUGCUGCAACCUGCAAAUGCAUACAAAUGUAUCUAUAACCAGGUGCAAAGGUUCUUCUUCAAAUCGUGGAGUUUACUUUCCUGUACGGUACAUUGUUUAUUUCAAGAAAUCUCCAUGUUGUCUCGAAUAGUUUCUUCUAUUCGACUGUAGUAUUGCAACAUGAUAGUGAGCUCUACGGCCUUGUCUAAAUCCUGUGCGUCAAAGGCUUGAGCCAAUUCUUCCCCCACCUCUUGCAUGCGCGUAUUGUUUUCUUCCGACAAUGAUUGCAACUUGGCUUGAUCCGACCCGGCUUCUUCAAUCGCUUCUCGAAUUUCCAUCACUUGCAUCAACAGCAUGGAGGAUGCAGGGCUGGAUCCCAGUAAUUCUUGCAAAGAUGAUUCGUCAAAGGUAUCCUCCACUUUUCCCAACAAUUGAAGCAUGUGGGUGGCUCGUGUCGAAUCUUGUUGGAGUAUUUGAUAGGACCGUGUCACCAAAGUGGCUUGUUCGGAAAGAGCCUGUUGCUCGGCGAGUGGCUUGCCAUGGUGUUUGUCAGGGUGAAACUGAGCCAUUAAUCGUCGAUAGGACUGCUUCAGUUCGUCUUGAGAAAUAUCAAAUCGUCGGUCCAAAUUCAGCAACGUAAAGGCAUCGACUGGUGCAUUAUUGUCAUUCCUACU